AUGACGGACGAGCAGAAGGUCUUCAUCCCGCCCAAGCGGAUCAAUACCGACUAUCCAGUUAUCGACACCGACCCCCACUGGAGGCGGGCUUUCAGAUAUGCACGACCAGACGACUGGGCAUACGGAGCCGGCAUGGCUGCUGUAGGACCGGCGUUCAUGCUCACGACCGAACGAUACGCGCCAUCAUUCUCCGGCAAAGGUGCUUUUGGCCCUGUUUUCAGACUCAGUUGCGCCAUUGGGUUAAUAGCAGGAGCCGCCUUGGUAUACCAGAGGAGCUGCCUGAGGUUCUACGGAUGGACGGAGAACGACCGAGAAGUCAAGAUGGAUAUGAGGGAGAUGGUGGAUAAAGUGAAAAAGGGAGAGCCUUUAUACGGACACACCGAACUCACGCCCUACAUGCAGGGUGUUGCUGCGCGGAACAGCAGAUACAGUGCCCUGAUGGCUAACAUUGUGCCAUGGGCCAACUUUGCCAACCACAACCAGCAUGGCGUCGAUACCGCCAAAUACUAUCAACAGGCAGAACGAGAACUGGAAGCCGAGAAAUUAACAGGUGGUCGAUGA